CGUGACUUGACGACAUAGCACUUUACGCCUCGCUGGUUCCUGCAUUUGCUUUUUCGUUCCCCUCGCAGGAAUUUCUGCUUGCGCAGUAUUCUCUAGUUUUGGCGAUAUUUUAUUCUCCCGCAUUAGUCGACACAAGUCGCUGUCUACGCUAUUGUAGCCUGUCGCCUUGGGAUAUGCGUUCGAGAUGGCUACUCAGGUGUUGAUUGCCCAUACGGGCCAGCGCCUCGAGGUCGACACCUCCCAGUUUUCAAAUCUCGAUGAUUUGAAGGUUUGGGUGGCCCGGAAUAGCGAAGUCCCUCUCCAGCACAUGGUUGCCUUGACUCCUCAAGGUCGAAGCGUCAAAUACGCCAGCCUCCAUGCUGAGAAGGAACUGUACAUAUAUGAUAUUCGAGUAACUCAGGCGUCAUCUAGCUCGAGCUCGUCACUUGUCUCUAAUCUUCCCUCUCCGAAAGCAUACUCCGUCGCCAACGCACCAAACUCGAUACAGGACGUAAAAGUUAUUUCAGCAUGGCAGAAUCUAUACAAAGACAGACGCACUUGGGCUCUGAAUCUCGCCGACGACUGCGCUGGCAUGAACACCGAGACUCGUGCACGGUACGAUGAAAUCGACGUCAUGAUCAAGUGUCUGGAUGCUGCCGUAGCAAAUCUCGAAAUCAGCGUCAAGCAGAUCGAACCAAAAUAUGCAGAGUUGAAAAAGUGGGUGGAACCAGCGCUGCGAGAACACGAGCAGCUAGCAGUUUCCUGGGAGCAGUACCUACACCUAGCCCGCAACACCCCCAUCUCGGCGACGAUGAUGCGUUUUAUGACCCGCCGUGAAAACGGACGAUCAUCCCCAACGUUAGAAGACUUGAUAGAGCUCGAUACUGCCAGAAAAGCUGGCAAGCUGGCACCGACGGCAAAGCGGAGGUUUGCUGACAAGGCAGCUGAAUUAGACAAGGCGAAUUCCAAUAUGCACCAAGGCCUGGCAUCCCUCAUUGCAUCGUUUGAGGAUGUCAUGGGACGAUCAGUUCUCGCUCACCAUGAAGAUUCCACACAGCUCUUACAAGAUAUUGAAGUCGUUGUCAAACAGAUGGACUCUGACUAUCGAACAGCACUUGCCUAUGCAGGCUCGCAAAAGGACUUGGCGCAGGCGUCAAAAACAGCAUCCAACCAUACCGAACGACUGAUUCCGAAUCUGAAGAAGCGUGCAAAGGAAAUGGAGGAGAUGCUGCAAUACGCCACUGAGAACCGCAACGCCAUUGCCUCAGAAUCAGUCCUCCUGAUGCGCACUAUUACGGAUAUAACGUCUCUGCACAGCAAUGUACGAAGCCAGAUAAAUGUCUUGAACCAGUCCGAAGACGAUAUGACUACGUUUGAUUACCUCCGCCUUGUACACCAGCUACCAUAUAUGUACGCCUCGUUUGCAGUAGAAUCCAUCCGCAGACGUGAGUGGACUGAUAAAGUCAAGCUGGACUCUUCAACACUAGCCAACGAAAUGGCCCUGUUUCAAGACGAAGAGUCUAAGCGCCGGCGCCGUUGGCAAAAGAUGGUUGGCAGCAUGUACGGGCCAGAGCUGGAUACCAACGUGAUGGGGUUGGAAGUAAACCUUCACGGAAACGAUGAGGCAUGGCCAGUAUUGGCAAAGGAAGAGCUUGAGGAUUAUCUUCAAAGGCUGCAGGAGCAAAACACCGAUCCCGCUAUCUUAGAAGACAUAUCCAAGCUUGUGCAGGAGCUGCACAGCCCGACAAAACAGCAGUCCAAACGUCUAAAGGCGUUCAAAAAUGGCAGCGUGCAUGAAGCUGUGCUUGGACGAAGCGGUCUCAUGAUCAGGGGUGAUGACGACUUACUCCGAACUCUACAGGACGAUAAAUCAAAACUCGAGACCAAGUUGAAAACGUCAGAGAGCCGUGUUCGAAGACUGGAAGACCUGCUACAUCGUCAAAGCCAGGCAUCUCGCCAAGGCAGCCUCUUCCAGCCUCCUCCUGCUCGAUCUCAGGAAAGACCUGGCUCUAGUGCCUCCAUCCGUUCGAAUCGCUUAGAAGAUCGCCGGCGAUCUUCUGAUGGUGCUGACCCACUGCUACGACGUAUCGCCCAGCUAGAAAAUGAGAUUCGAGAGGAGAGGCUAAAGUCCACAAAGCUUCAGAAGGACAUGGGUGCCCAAGCCACCGAACGUGACGAGAUGAAGGGGCAAUUGGAUGAGGUCAACUCCAUUAAAAAGGACCUUUUAGAAAAUAUGGAGGCUCUCAAGAAUGAAUUCAUGGGCGAAAGAAAGUCCUACGAGGACGAAAUCAAGGCAUUAAAAGCUAGGAUCGAAGACAACGAGGAUGAGAUGGAUCACUUUGGUGAAUCUCGCGAGAAUGAAAAGGCAUCCUACGAUGACAAGCUGCGGACCUUGGAAGCAGAAAUGGAACGCCUCGUAAAAGAAGGCAACGAUGAGAUGCUGAAAGUCCAAGGUCAAGUUGAGUUCCUCCGCAAGGAAGCUCAAACACAACGAGAUAAGCUUGAUAUAUCAAACAGAGAUGCCCAGGCAGCACGCGAUGACCACCGCUCAACCGCCAAACAACUCGAGGAUGCUCAGGACAUGGCUGAAAGACAGGCCCAGGUGUACCAACGGUUGCAUGCCGACCUGCUUCCAGAUGCCGCAGUGCCAGACGAUGCUCUUGAUCUUGCCGAGGCCCUGGCAUCAUAUACGGCCGACCUUGACUCGAAGCUGCAAGAGGCCCGCAAUGAGCACAUUAUUGCCAAAACAGAUCUCGAAAACGCAUCAUACACUACAAAGGAGCUUCGUACCGAGAUUGCGCAGGCGUCAGCCAAACUCGCACAACAUGAAACGGCUGUUAAAGAAAUUACAGAGGCGCUCUCUGAGUCCAAAGCCAAGGCGACGGCUCUAGAUAGUGAGCUCACUGAUGCCCGUGAAGAAAUCCGAAAGCUACGUGUUCAGCUCUCAGAUGGUGAAACUGGGUCCGAAACUCUACAGAAGAAAUUGGAGAGCGAGGAAAAGAGAGUCAGCCAACUCACCGAGGAACUUGCCACAAGACAAUCCCGAGUCGGUAGCCUAGAGGAAGAGGUGUUCUUGCUCAAUACAAAGGCAACAUCUAUGCAAGAAAAGAUAUCCUCCAUGACGGACCAUUACACGUCUCGCAGCGAAAAGACUAAAGACCUUACUCAGCGAGUGUUCUCGCAGAAUGACCGCCUUAUUCGCCUUCUGGAGCGUAUUGGGUACUCGGUUACUCGCAAUGAAGCAGAGAUGAUAGUUACCAAGAUUCCUCGCUCCGAGCGCCAGACUCAGAACCCCAACGACUCCUCGGAUCCAGGUUCAUCUAUCAAGAGGUCGCUUAAUCUCAGUUCCCGCAACUUAAGCAGCCGAAACUUGAGCGACAGCGCGGACCUGGAGCUCUUGUAUUGGAUGAAUGAGACGGAUACGUCUGCUGAAACGGAAAAGUACCAAAACUUCCUCAACAAGCUGGGAACCUUUGACAUGGAUGUAUUUGCCGACACCAUCUAUCACCGCAUUAAAGAGGCGGAGCAUAAAGCACGAAAGUGGCAGCGAGAGGCACGAGCGUACCGAGAGCGAGCGCACCAGUUCCACAAGGAUGCCCACGACAAGAUUGCCUUCCGAAACUUUAAAGAAGGCGACCUGGCCCUGUUCCUACCAACUAGAAACCAGCAAGCCGGAGCCUGGGCUGCGUUCAAUGUUGGGUUUCCUCAUUUCUUCUUGCGCGAACAGGACAACCACCGUCUACGCCAUCGCGAGUGGCUCGUGGCACGUAUUUCCAAAGUGCAAGAGCGCGUGGUAGACUUGUCCAAGAGCGUGCAGCAGCCCAGCACCAAGAACGACAAAGACUCGCUUGACGAGGGCGGAAAUGAUAACCCUUUCCAGCUUUCCGACGGGUUGCGAUGGUAUUUGAUUGAUGCGCACGAGGAUAAGCCUGGUGCGCCAACAACACCUGGCAUGGGGAAAUCUACUGUUGCUGCAAACACAGUGGCGGCCACGGCAAACAUCCAGACACAGCCAAUCCGCACCAAGGGCAAGAACCGCGAUAGCAUAACAAGCAUCGAGGGGAUUAACAAGACUCUAUCGAAGAGCUUAGAGAGCCGUCGAAGCAGCUCCGGAUCCAAGGCUUUGCCUUUUUCCAUUAGUGGUGGAUUCCUUAAGAGCAGCGCCUUGGCCAGCGAAACCGACUCUCUACGAGCAGUGGCCCCGGAAACGCCACUUGGAACGAGUCCUCUGCAUAAUCCGUCCAUGCUUGCCAACGCUAUCGCCGGUAGAAUCGGAGAGCGUGAAAACAAUCAAACACCUGAGGCCUCGUCUUGCAAUGGACAAGCGUUACCGGCAGAUCAAGCUUCAACAGAGACUCCUGAGGUACGAGAUGUUGAUGCCUUGAAUGGGCCGUGAUAUGUUGUACUGACAGGGAGACCUUUUUGCAGCGUUUAACUGUGCAUCGUGAAGAAUCAGGCACCAGCGGCCACAAGUCUGUGGUCUCGGAGACGAUGUGGACUGUAGAAGACCACGGUGAAGGUUCUGGCCAGCCUCAAUAGGCUAGAAUGCAUUAUACUGCGUUUGUUUUUCAUUUGUACAUCAGUGCGUUUUGUAUAAGGCGUCAUUGGAAACCGGACGGCGUUUUUUUGCUUUGAGAUAUCAUUGGCGACAUAUGAUGUUGUAUUUCUUUUUGUACUGGUUGAGAUGAGUUGGGAUAGUGCUGUAUUGAGGUGGGAAGCAAAAGCCAAAGAAAUACGUUGUACGAGAAGAUUUAGAGUACAUUGCUUUGCACAUAAUACCAUUUUCGUUUUUUU